AUGAUGAAAACACAUACAGAUAGCCCACCGUCCGCACUCACAGUUUUCAUGACGGAGCUUCAAGCUUCGAAAUCAGUUGUUGGACUGAUAGCUGACAACCCAAGGACCAAUGCGCCAUUUUUGCAGAUCCCCGCCAAGAGGUCUGACAGAGUACCUGAAAAAGCCAUGCGGCGAUGGGUAGCCAUGGAAUGCCAACGGAUUGACACAAUCUUGAGUGACAGUCCCAACUCUCCAAACAAGGCAGCUUCAUCGUCACCGGACGAUGGAUGUGUUUCUUCCCCCUUAUUGGUACCAACCAAUGAUACUCCAAAGCUGCCUCCUAUUGAGGAGUAUUUUUUCAAGGCACCAUUUAAACCAGAACGCCGCGAUUCACCGGGCCAUGCAAUGCUUCAUACUGAUGCGUUCUUCCCCAUUGUGCCUUCUAAAGAUUUUGUCGAACAAUCUUCCUCGAGUCCAAAGAAUCCAAUGGAGAGCAAUGAUAGGCGACAGGAAUUCUUGUCCAGGAUGACUGUGGGUCCCUCGCUCUCUUCCUCUUCUCGAAGCACACCCUCUUGCUGCUCCAAUUGUUUUAGUCCACCGGUCUGUCCGAGACGGAAACAAUCCAUUGAUUCGCCGGACGAGGACGACGAGGAGUAA